GGCUCCCAUCUCUAAUUUUACCGCUGCUCACCUGCUCGCCCGCGCGCUGACAUGGGUCACCCAGAGGAAGUCGAUGUCAUCGUAUGCGGUGGUGGUCCCGCUGGGUCCGUCGUUGCUGGCCGUCUCGCCUAUGCCGACCCCACCCUCAAGGUCAUGCUCAUUGAGGGUGGUGCAAACAACCGCGAUGACCCCUGGGUGUACCGCCCCGGUAUUUACGUGCGCAACAUGCAGCGCGAUGGGGUGAAUGACAAAGCCACGUUCUACACGGACACCAUGAAGUCGUCGUACCUCCGUGGUCGCCAGGCCAUCGUGCCUUGCGCGAAUAUCUUAGGCGGUGGUUCCAGUAUCAACUUCCAGAUGUACACUCGUGCAUCCGCUUCCGACUGGGACGACUUCAAGAUGGAGGGCUGGACCGCGAACGACCUCCUCCCCCUCAUGAAGCGUCUCGAGAACUACCAGAAGCCGGUGAACAACGACACUCACGGCUACGACGGCCCUAUCGCCAUCAGCAACGGUGGACAGAUUCAGCCUGUGGCUCAAGACUUCCUCCGCGCAGCGCACGCCAUUGGCGUUCCCUAUAGCGAUGAUAUUCAGGAUCUGAAGACCGCUCACGGCGCUGAGAUCUGGGCGAAGUAUAUCAAUCGCCAUACCGGCCGUCGUUCCGAUGCCGCAACUGCGUAUGUCCACAGCGUCAUGGACGUGCAGAGUAAUCUCUAUCUCCGCUGCAACGCGCGCGUCAACCGCGUCCUCUUCGACGGGAACAACAAGGCCGUCGGUGUCGCCUAUGUGCCUUCGCGCAAUCGUGCGAACAAUGGGCAGGUCGUCGAGACCAUCGUCAAGGCUCGCAAGAUGGUCGUGUUGAGCUCCGGUACGCUCGGUACUCCGCAGAUCCUCGAGCGCUCUGGUGUCGGUAACGCCGAGCUCCUGAACAAGCUGAACAUCCCCGUCGUUAGUGACCUCCCGGGCGUCGGUGAGGAGUACCAGGACCAUUACACUACUCUCUCCAUCUAUCGUGUCUCGAAUGAGACGUCGACCCUCGACGACUUCCUCCGUGGCGACAAGGAGGUCCAGAAGGAGCUCUUCGCCGAGUGGGAGACCAGCCCGGAGAAGGCGCGCCUCUCAUCGAACGCCAUCGACGCUGGAUUCAAGAUCCGUCCCACCGAGGAGGAGCUGAAGGAGAUGGGCCCCGAGUUCAACGAGCUCUGGGACCGCUACUUCAAGGACAAGCCCGACAAGCCUGUCAUGUUCGGCUCCAUCGUCGCGGGCGCAUACGCGGACCACUCCCUCCUCCCGCCUGGAAAGUACGUCACGAUGUUCCAGUACCUCGAGUACCCCGCGUCGCGCGGCAAGAUCCACAUCAAGAGCGCCAACCCAUACGUCGAGCCGUUCUUUGACUCCGGCUUCAUGAAUAACAAGGCCGACUUCGCGCCGAUCCGCUGGAGCUAUAAGAAGACGCGUGAGGUCGCCCGCCGCAUGGAUGCUUUCCGCGGGGAGCUCGCCUCGCACCACCCGCACUUCCACCCCGACUCAUCUGCGGCAUGCCGCGACAUCGAUAUCAAGACCGCGAGGGAGAUACUCCCGAACAGCUUGACCGUCGGUAUCCACAUGGGUACGUGGCACCGCCCGUCGGAGCCCUUCGACGCGUCGAAGGUGCACGAGGACAUCAAGUACACCGAGGAGGAUGACAAGGCCAUCGACGACUGGAUUGCGGACCACGUCGAGACCACCUGGCACUCGCUCGGCACUUGCGCAAUGAAGCCGCGCGAGCAGGGUGGUGUUGUCGACAAGCGUCUCAACGUCUACGGUACGGAGAACCUCAAGUGCGUCGACCUCUCGAUAUGCCCAGAUAACCUCGGCACGAACACGUACUCGUCCGCCCUCUUGGUCGGCGAGAAGGGCGCUGACCUCAUUGCUGAGGACCUCGGCCUCAAGCUUCGUCUCCCUCAUGCCCCUGUUCCGCAUGCCCCCAUCCCGACCGGCAAGCCCGCGUCUCCGCAGGCGCGGCGGUGAAGCCCUUAGGCGGUUCAUGUUGCUCGCUUGUGACCCAUAAGCAAACAAGCUGUAAUUCUACCCUUCUCGCAGGAGACACUGUAUUCUCCACCCAACAGUCUAUGUAUGUACCACCAGCGCAUGUACCAUCGAGUUAUGUUGUAUGUACGAAUAGCCUACCCUAAGCAAUCUCCAUACCAUGCCCUCUGA